GGAGGGCUGACACUACCACCUGUGGCGACUGCUAGGCCUGCUGCAGAAGAAACCAAGAGCGGGGGAAAUAUAACCCUCCCGGGGGCGCUGGGCUGGGGCAGAGACCGGAGACGCGUGGAGAGGGGAGACUCGCGGCGGUAUCGCCCUCCGGGGACGUACAACCGCCAGCCCGCACGGCUCCGGCUGGCGCUGUCUAUCUGCGCGCUCUGCUCUACGGCCCUCCCUCCACCGCCCGCGACCCCGGCCGAGGGCCCAAGCCACCCCAGGGCGAGCGGGGUCUGCCGCGCUGCCUGCCGCCAUGCAGUCAGGGCGGCUUAGCGACUCCGGGCCCGCGGAGCCGGGGCCUCGCCUGCGCAGCUUGUGCGGCGCUGACCAGGCGGCCUGGGCCUCCUCGCUGAGCGAGGCCGAGGCGGAAGCCGGGUGCUUUGCGUUGGCUGUGGCGGCUGUGUUGCCGGCAGGGGGGAGCGGAGAGAGGAUGGGCGUCCCCACCCCGAAGCAGUUCUGCCCCAUCCUGGAGAGGCCACUCAUCAGCUACACCCUGCAGGCCCUGGAGAGAGUAUGUUGGAUAAAGGAUAUUGUUGUGGCAGUAACUGGAGAGAACAUGGAAGCAAUGAAAGGUAUCAUUCAGAGGUACCAGCAUAAACGCAUCUCACUUGUUGAAGCUGGAGUGACCCGCCAUAGGUCUAUUUUCAAUGGACUGAAAGCACUGGCAGAGGAUCAGCCCAACUCUAGACUCUCUAAGCCAGAGGUAGUGAUCAUCCACGAUGCUGUGAGACCAUUCGUUGAGGAAGAUGUCCUCUUUCAAGUUGUGACAGCUGCUAAGGAGUAUGGGGCUUCAGGAGCAAUCAGACCUCUUGUAUCUACUGUCAUUAGUCCUUCGACAGAGGGCUGCUUAGACUACUCACUGGAACGUGCCAGACACAGGGCAAGUGAAAUGCCACAGGCCUUUCUGUUCGAUGUGAUCUAUGAAGCAUAUCGGCAGUGCAGUGACCAUGACUUGGAAUUUGGAACUGAGUGUUUGCAUUUGGCUCUAAAAUACUGUCAUAUCAAAGCCAAACUUGUGGAAGGAUCUCCUGACCUCUGGAAGGUGACCUACAAACGAGACCUGUAUGCAGCUGAAUCCAUUAUUAAGGAAAGAAUUUCACAGCAGAUUUGUGUAGUUAUGGACACAAAAGAAGAUGAAGAACAUGUAGGUCAUCGUCUUGAAGAAAUGCUAAAAAAUGAAUUAAAUCAUAUGAAGAAAGUCACAUCUGGAAAAGAUCUUCAGCAAAUCCUCUUAGAGCAAUGCUACAGUUUUGUUUGUGUGAAUGUUAUGACCUCUGAUUUUGAAGAAACCCAUAAAUUACUGAAUAUGCUUGAAGAAAGUAAUCUUUCCAUUUUAUAUCCUGUUGUUGUUAUUUCAGUACAUUUUCUUGAUUAUAAAUCGGUACCAUUUGGUCAGACAAUGGAAAACCUAAUGCCCAUUAGAGAAUUUGCCAAGGAAGUGAAAAAAAGAAAUAUUUUAUUAUAUGGCCUUCUCAUAUAUUACCCACAGGAUGAGCAGAAGCUAAAGGAAAGUUUAAGGCAAGGUGCCACCAUUAUUGCUGCCUUAAUCAAAGAAAGAAAUUCUGGACUAACUGGUCAGCUACUGAUAGCAUAAAGAAUAUGGAGAAAAUUACCUACUGGGUUCUUAGAAACAUUUGCCUAAGUAUCUCCUUUGUGCUUCUCUGUGUAUUGUAUGUGGUGGAAUGUUUACAUUGUCUUUUAUAAUUUGUAGGAUGUGAUGCUUAGGUGAAAUAAAAAAAUUUUUUAUGCAUGUCAAAUACAAAUUUCCUGAACCAGAAAAGAACAGAUAAAUGGAAAAUAGUAGCUUCAAAUAAGGAAGCUUUUCAUACAGCAUGAAAGAUAAAAAAAAAAAAAGUUCUUCAAAGAAUGAGGAUUUAGAAAAUAUCAACUAUUAUGUCUCUGAUAAUUAGUAAAUCAUGAUAUAAUGAGAUCAAUAUAUAAGAUUAAUGGUUAUUCUUAAUUCUAAUAUUUUCCUCUCUCCGUGGGUUAUUUUGAAUUACAUUCUAAUUUUUCACACCUUAAAAAAAAGUGGAGAUUAGCAGUGAACUUUGAUUUUAGUAUCUUCACCAUUAGCCUCACAUUACUUUAGAUUCCUAACAAGAUGGAAUCCCCUUCUGCUUUCCUAAUGCUUUAAAAUUGUAUGAUUUUCAGAGUUCCCAUUGUGGCUCAGUGGAAACAAAUUUGACUAGUAUCCAUGAAGACUCAGGUUCUAUCCCUUGCCUUGCUCAGUGAGUUGGGGAUCCGGUGUUUCCAUGAGCUGUGGUGUAGGUCACAGACACAGCUCGGUUCCUGAGUUGCUGUGGCUGUGGUGUAGGCCAGCAGCUGUAGCUCCGAUUCAGCCCCUAGCCUAGGAACCUCCAUAUGCCUCAGGUGCAGCCCUAAAAAAGAUUUUAAAAAUUGUAUGAUUUUCUUGGGUUAUGAACUAUAAUAUUGACUUAUUAUUUUAAGAGGCUUCUGAUUUUUCUGAAUAACUUCACAGAAGACUGGAAAGCUGCUUAAAAAUGAAGUUAUCUUGGUCAGUCUCAAGCUAGUCUUCUAAAAAGCAGAGAGUCCAUCACACAUCAAAUAAUUAAACUGUUCUUUUGAUUCUGAUAACUGCCACCUUUUAAAGUCAAGUUCUUUCAAAUUUCUGCUGGUAUAUACACUGUAAAUAUUGAUGAUUUUUCCUGUACCGUAUCUUUUACAAUUCUGUGAAUCCAGUCAUUAGAGAUGCCUUUCAUUCUCUCUAUACAUUUAUUUUAUAAAAACACAUUAGCUUAGAUUAUGCCAGGGCUUAGCCUCCACAUUUCAUAAAAUUUACAUGAAAUGUUUUGAGUUAAAGAUAGACUAUGAAAUAUCUACCCUGUUCACUCUUUUCUUAACAUGUUAUAUGAUUUUCCCUGUAUUUCUUAAAUAUCUAUAGAAGUAGUAGAGUUUAUAUUUUACAUUUAAAUAAUAGUAGAAUAUAAUAAUGGAAUAAUUAUUGCAAAUUGUUCUCAUAAAUGAAAUGUUUGAAUGGGAGUUCCUGUUGUGGCUCAAUGGUAAAGAACCAAAUUAGUAUCCAUUAAGAUGUGGGUUCGAUCUCCGGCCUUGUUCAGUGGAUUAAGGAUCCAGCAUUGCUGUGAGCUGUGGUGGAAGUCACAGACACUCAACCCACAUUGUUGUGGCUAUGUCAUAGGCCAGCAGCCGUAGCUCCAAUUUGACCCCUAGCCUGGAAACUUUCGUAUGCUGCAGGUACAGCCUUAAAAGCAAAAAAAAAAAAAAAAAAAAAAAAAACCAGAAAACCAUAAAUGAAAUGUUCGAAUAUAGCAUAGCAUUAAUUCUAAAUUCCUGUGCUUGCUCCUUUUUUCCUCUCUCUGGGGAUGUUAAAUAUAAAAUAAAUCAUUUAAUUAAAAAUCAUCAGGGAGUUCCCGUCGUGGCGCAGUGGUUAACGAAUCCGACUAGGAAGCAUGAGGUUGAGGGUUCGAUCCCUGGCCUUGCUCAGUGGGUUAAGGAUUCAGCAUUGCCGUGAGCUGUGGAGUAGUUUGCAGAUACAGCUCAGAUCCCGCAUUGCUGUGGCUCUGGCGUAGGCCGGUGGCUACAGCUCUGAUUAGACCCCUGGUCUGGGAACUUCCAUAUGCCACGGGAGCGGCCCUAGAAAAGGCAAAAAGAAAAAAAAAAAAUCUUCAGGAUGAAAAUACAUAGGCAAUGUGUGGAUUUGUGUUGGAAUGUCUCUGUCCUUGUUAAGGCUUGUUGGCUGCCUUGUGAAAGGUGCACCUGUUGACCUAAUAAGGUGAAAAUGUUUUAAGGAUUUGAAAGAGCUCAUAAAGCCAAAAGGGGAAAAGUUACCAAGGUUUUAAAGAGAAAGUGAGUGUCUCUAGGUAUGUGGUGGAAAACUGGACAUACCUAUGGCAGAAGCAAAAUCACUGUACUGAGUGCUUGCUGAGUUACCUUAGAUUUCAACUCAAUAAUGGAACGUUGGAGUUCCCAUUGUGAUGCAGUGGAAACGAAUCCAACUAGGAACCAUGAGGUGCAGGUUCGAUCCCUGGUCUCACUCAGUGGGUUAAGGAUCCAGCAUUUCUGUGAGCUAUGGUGUAGGUCACAGAUGCGGCUCAGAUCUGGCAUUGCUGUGGCUCUGGGCAUAGGCCAGCAGCAACAGCUCUGAUUAGACCCCUAGCCUGGGAACCUCCAUAUGCAGUGUGUGCUGCCCUAAAAAGGCAAAAAAAAAAAAAUAUAUAUAUAUAUAUAUAUAUAUAUGUAUAUAUAUAUAAUGGAACAUUAAACCAAACAAAAGUACGUCUUAGAGAAGUUAAUAUGCCUUUACUCUAAGCAGUUGUAAAAGUUUAAUGUUAUGAGAUUUAACUUAAGGUUUAUUAAGUUGUGUCUGAAAUCAUUAUCCUUAUCAUAGCAUUUGAUUUUUUUUUUAUCAUUUACAAAGGUAUUCACAGCAUUGCAAAUAAUUCAAAGAAAUCUCAUAUGCUUUAGUGUUUAAAUGCAAAUUGAGGCUCAGGGAUCUUCACUACUUUCUCCAAAGACAUGUGUCUGCCUAGUAGCAAAACGCAGGGCUUAACCUUAGGGUACUGGGUGUAUACGUUUUAAGCUCAUUUUCCUAUAUAGUAGUGGUUGUGGGCAAAGAACAUCUGGCAGAGAGGUCAUGGGAAAUGAGCCAGAGACUUUAAAUGAACAAAGAGGGACAGGCCAGUCCAGUGACCAGAGGAAAGCUUUCAGCUUUCCAGCCAGAUUUCCAUUAUACAGAAAUUGCACCUAAGGAUGAAGCGAAUGAAAAUUAUUGGUCAAGAGAGAAAGAUAAAUUAGUUUUUGUUAUUUGUGAAGAGAUCAAAAGGCAACUUCACACUUACACUUGUGUCUCCAUUUCUGGAAAUUUAAUUAGUUUCAUGAGAACUAUCCAUUUUCACUCUAUUUUUCAAAAUUCCUUUAAAAAUAAUAGUAAUUAUACCUCAGGGUUGCUGAAGUUGGAUUUUACUUGAGAAAAUUUUGUGGGAAGAAUGUUUUCUUUCUAAAAUAUGCUACCUAAUUAAAUGCAAUUUAAAGUUAGCCUUUUUAGGAAGUUCACACAGUGUGAUCCUUGGGUUUGAUCAAUGCCUUCUAUUAGUAAGAGGUAGGUUUGUUGUUUUUUUUUUUUUUUCCAUAAAAAUGUUCAAGUUGAGAGAUGACUUGUUGCAAGUAUACUCAUCUACAGAUAAAAGUCAGACCCCUAUAUUCUACCCAGAGCCAUUCUUACUGUAGUCAGUUCAAGCAUGUUGCAUUGGUUUCCCAGGAAAACGGGGUAGUUCCUGUGCUAGUUUAUUGCACAGUUGACCCUUGAACAACACAGGUGUGAAUUGCACUGGUUCACUUACAUGCAGGGUUUUUUUCAGUAGUAAAUAUUACAGUACUACAUGAUCCUCUAUUAGUUGAAUCUGCAGAUAGGGAGGAAUCAUGGAUAAUGAAGGGCCAGCUGUAAAUUAUGCACAGAUCUUUGAUUGCUUGGAGAGUCAACACUCCUAACUCCUGCAAUGUCAAGGGUCACCUGUAAUUGUAACUAUCAGAUUUUACUUUAUUUAUAUAAAAAAUGUAUUUUAUAAAAAUCAGGUUUCAAUAUUACAUCUUCUUAUAUUGAAUCUCUAAGUUUUACUUCUAUAAAAAAAUCUGUUUCACAUUUCAACAUAAUGUUGAAAUUAAUUACAUCAAGGAAGCAUAAAUCAUAACAGUUUAAUCAAAGUGUUAAGAAAGCCCUUUGGGAAAAGAAAGAUUGAAGUUAUUUUAAAAUUUUAAUUCAAAAGUAGUAUAAAUAAAAAAUGCAUAUGGUUUUAGGAUUUAAUAAUGUAGUUUAAAAUAAGUGGACUAGAAGUGGCUGUGUAGUUGGUGUUUGACAUUGUAACAUUUAUAUAUGUUCUUAUAUAUUUUUAGUUUCAAAACUGUAAAAAUGUAUGGAUCUUAAAUAGAAAGUAAUGAACUACUGUUGAAUGUUCUUUACAAAAGUAAUUGAUAACUAAAUUUUUGAUAGUUUAAAAAUCAAAUGAUAAUUUUCAUUGAUGUGUAGUGUAUACAUACAUAUUUUUCAAACUGACUCAGCCUCAAUUGAAUAAAUGAAAGUCAAAACAACAAUGUUUUACAUUAUAGAAAAGUAGAAUUUGAGAUUCAGAUAUAUUAUUCUGUAAAAUAUAUUAAAAAAUUGCAAAACCA